GAACUAGACUGACAUUGCAUUGGAGUCUGAGUGAGAGUUUUAAAUGGCUUUGGUAAUGCAGACAAGAUUCAUAAUUUAUCUCUGCUCUUGUCCAGAAAGCAAUGAGUCACAGAAAAUCCUUGAAAACACCGAAUAAUUGAGUGAGUAUUGCAGUAUUUUAGUUUCCACAUCACUGUCCCCAUCUGGUAACCGGUACAUGAGGUGGUGCAUUGAGCCUAAAAUUCAGUCAGAUUCCUGCAGGCAAAUCUGAACAUGUAAAGGACCAUGGCUGAAACCGCAGUUUGCCUGGGAACAUUCAGUGCUGUGAAGACACUUUGGGAAGUGAGAAUACACAAGAUAAAUGAAGAAUUACAGAAAGAAAAGGAAUUCAGGCAGAGGUCUGCAGGAAGGUUACUGCUUGUCUGGGAGGAGAGAGCUGCUUUAGCAAAGCUCAAAGAAAAAGUUAUUAAUGAAGGUGGAAGAGCAAUUUUAAGGAUAGAGGAAGAAGAAUGGAAGACAUUACCUUCAUGCUUAUUGAAACUAAUCCAUCUCCAGGAAUGGCAGCUUCACAGAACUAGUUUGCAGAAAAUUCCUCAAUUUAUUGGAAGAUUUCACAGCCUUGUUGUUCUAGAUCUAUCCCGGAACUCAAUUGAAAGUGUACCUAAAGAAAUUGGCCAGCUGACCAGUCUCCAAGAGCUACUUCUCAGUUACAACAGAAUAAAAUCUGUUCCUAAGGAAAUAAGUAACUGCAUCAGUCUGGAAAGAUUGGAACUGGCUGUCAACAGAAGCAUCUGUGAUCUUCCUCCUCAGCUCAGCGACUUAAAGAAGCUGUCACACAUAGAUUUAUGCAUGAAUCAGUUUACUGCCAUCCCUUCAGCUCUCCUCAACAUGCCUAAUCUAGAAUGGUUAGAUAUGGGGGGAAACAAACUCCAGCAGCUUCCUGAUGCAAUUGACAGAAUGGAAAACCUUCACACGUUAUGGCUCCAAAGGAAUGAAAUAAACUAUUUGCCAGAAACCAUUGGUAAUAUGAAAAAUCUUAAUACUCUUGUUCUUAGCAACAACAAACUUAAGAAUAUUCCAGCUUGUAUGAAAGACUUGACAAAUCUGAGAUUUGUCAACUUCAGAGACAACCCACUGGAGCUAGAGGUAACACUCCCUCCGUGUGAGAACACAGAUGAGGAGGAGCAACAGGAAAUGUUUGGCAUUGACUUCAUGCACAUGUAUAUCCAGGAGUCACUCAAGAAAACAGGCAUGGCUUUUUUAUCAAUUCUUAUCUCUCCACAAUACAGUGAGGAAGACAGGGAUAAACUGGAUAAAUAAAAUCUGGGAUAUGUAUAGAAAUGAAAUGUGAAUAACCUUCCUAAUAAAUGAGCAAUGUUUUCCAAAAAAUCUGUAAACAUGCUUUUACUGAGGGCAGGGGCACUUUCAACAGGAGUUGGCACAGUAAGGUCUCCACACAAACAGCAUAGAUUCCAGUAGGAACAUACUGGAACCAUGGAGCACUGUAAUAGUGUUUGAGUUACCUACACCAUGGAUAACUAGAAGCUGAUGACUGUCUUUUAAUUCAUGUCCUUUAAUUCAUGAAGCUCAACUUCUCCUAUUUUUGGAUGUUGUCCAGAUGGUACUUCCAGAGGAAGAUAAAGGGACAAAAGCUAGGUUCCCACCAUACAUCUUUUAGCAAUGAACUAUCAACACCAGAUGUUUCUCACAACUUACUUUUCCUGACAUAGAGUCACUUAAACAAAAUGCCCAGUUUCACCCCAUUUCUAAAAUUUCUAAAACAUGACAAAAAUUUGCUGUUCAUUGUCUCCAGAGUAACAGUUUUAAUGUUGCAGUAAGAGACCCAAAUAAGCACUUUUGAACAGAUGUUCAGUUGGCAGCUAUUACUUCCAGAGAGCACUUCACUGCAGACAUAAAAUGUUCUCUCUGAUCUUCAUUCUGUGUUUUAUGAAGGCUUAAAAAAAUGAAUGAAAUGCUCUUGAGUUUGAACACUAAGCCAGCUUUUUUCUUAUCAAUAUUUCAUGCAUGAAUAACCAAAUUAGCAAAUAUAUACCAAGAUGACACUUUAGACAUAAGUUUUCUUUCUGAAUAGAUUCCCUAGCACUAUAGGCUGAUGAAAGUACUUAGGCCUACUUAAAUAUUUUAAGAGGAAAUACAAAGCUAUUCUGAACUUCAAAGUGAAAAUAAAGUAUGUCAACUUUUCUUAUUUUAAUGUAUUAUCUUUCAGGAAAUGUGGAAAGUUGUACUUCUGGUUCUCCUCCUGUCAUGAAUCCUACUGAAUAAAGAAUGUAACUG